AAUGACCUAAGGUGAAGCCUCGUCUUGUAAACAGUUUGACAGAAGCUUUCGUAGCGUAAGGAUGUUUGCAGACGCUUAGCUUAGUUUUUCAAGCUUCGAACAUUAUUCAGUUCUCCCCGUGCCGUACUAGUUCUCAUUGAGUGCGUAUAUGCUCUUGUACUAGAUAUCGAUGCAGAGCGACACUUGACACCGGCGACCACUACAACCAGCGAAUGCUAUAUAGUGAGUAAACGAACGAUCGAAGAAAAAUAUAAUCGAAGAUGAGCAUCGAGGAGAGAGCCAGAGCCAGGCGUCUGAGCAUAAGUAGCAGGGAAUUACUUAUAGCAGCGAUGAAAAACGACCUGAAAACAAUUGACGACCUGCUGAAAAUCGGCGUGGACGUGAACUACAAGGACCGAGACGGUAACGCAGCUCUGCACUAUGCCGUCGAAGGCGGCUCCGUCAAAGCGGUGGAAUUUCUGCUAUCGAAAGGCGCCUCACUGAACGAGAAAAACAAGGACGCCGAGACUCCGUUGGACGUAGGUAAACGAUUGAAUAAUCGAGAAAUGAUCGACGUAUUGAAACGGCAGACUUCGCAAAACGACGCAGUGCUCGAGAAAGAGCCCGAUCAUAGCCAGAGUUCGCAAAAUUGUAACAAUGCGCCUACGACUGAUGAAAGUAUGCUGGGAAGAAGAACAAAUUUGGAACCACCGAAACCUACUCGAAAUGAGGUUGUACUUGAACAAGAGCCAGCUUCUGACCACAGCUGCCCGAUACAGCGACCAAACGACUCUGCUCCUGGUGACGCUCAAGAAAACAAUGAGAAUAUGCCGGAAAGAAGGAAGAACGCAGUGCAUGGUAAUAUCUAUCAGUUGCAAUUGCUGAUGCUGUUCCUGUACCGCGGUGUAUCCCACAAGUAUUCGUUUCGCUUGGGCACCGAAAUCCAAGAAGCCAAAAAAUUCGACGACUUGGUUUUCGAGUACGACGUUCGAGGCGAACGGGUGUAUCGGCUUUUGCAAGCCAAGCGCAGACUGGACGAGAGCAAGACGAUCAACGCUGGAAACUUGCUGUCGGAGAAUGACGGAGACUUCAGUUUGGUCAAAUACUUUUUCUCUUAUCUGGCAUUGAAAAAGGACAAAUUGUUCAGCGGAGGCAAGGUCAAAGACGUAACUAUUUGUACGAAUAUCGACUUUGACAUUCAAAAUUUAGAACGAAAUGGUAUAAGCGUUGAAAGAAUAGAAGAACGGGAUGAAAUAUUUGACGUGAAAAGCGCGAGAAAGGAAUCUGCGCGUUACAGGUUCAGUGAAAGUAUCGUCAAUUUGAUGAAGCCGAAAUUAAAGAGUUACAAUUCGCCUAGAUUCAGGAGAACCGAAAACUACACAGACAGCGACAUCGGCGAGUUCAUCAAACGUCUGGUUUUCGCAGUAAAUCGGCCAAACGAGGACGAAUUAGGCCACAUUGUCGAGAACGAGAUAUGCAAAGAGUUUGAUUUCAUAACGGCUGAAAAUGUGUACAACAAGUUUUUCAUGUCGAUGUUGAAUUGGCUACAGGGCAAGGAAAGAGGCGUUUUUCUCUCUUACGAGGAUGGAAAAAAAUUCUUCGUAGAAUUUAACAGAACGAUCCAGCUUUGGUUUGGAAUAAAAAGCCCAGUCGAAUCGUUUUUGGGCAGGACCGAGUUUUUAAAAAAUUUACAUGAAUUGAUGUGCUCAAAGAACGCAAAAGAUGAAAAAUCGCAAUUCGUUUGCGUGAGCGGCCUCGGUGGAGUAGGAAAGAGCGAGUUGGCUAGAAAAUAUGUGAGCGAAUACAGCCAAGACUACGACAAUAAAAUAGUGUGGAUCAACGCCGAAAGCUACGAGACUCUUGCCGAUUCUUUCCGCAGGUUAGCAUGCGACCAGUUGAAAAUUAGCACUCUGAAUGCAGACAACAAGGAAAAGAAAUUAAACUCCACCGUCGAAGAUGUCUACGCGUUUUUCAGUGACAAGAAGUGUCUUUUUAUCUUCGACAAUGCUGAAAAGUACAAAAGCCAGGACGAGUUCGAUAAUGGUAUAGAAGUUUUUCUACCAAGUUUGCCAGAUGCUCGUAAUCGACUGCACGUCCUCAUUACCUCUCGCAAUCAAAAGUGGCCGAAAAAUAUAAAAGUAUUGUCGCUGGAUGUAUUUUCCGAGAACGAAGCGACGAAUUUUGUCAAAAAGUCUCUGAGCUUGAAAGGUAACGAAGAAUGUGAGGAAGUGAAAAAGUUGGUAAACGAGUUGCAGCUUUUUCCCUUGGCUUUGCAACAAGCAGUGGCGUAUAUAGGCCUGCAAGAUGAAAAGUUAAAAAAUGUGGGAUCUGAUUUUAAGAUUAGCAACUAUCUGAAAAAACUCAAGCAAAAAACAAAGGAAUAUUUGCAAUUUACGGAAGGUAACGACAAUGAUUACUCGAAGACGACUUAUUCCACUUGGAACGUCACUAUUGAAGCGAUUCGUCAGAAGGAACAUGGUAUUAAGGCUUGUGAAAUUUUAGAAAUUUUGUCUUAUUUUGCGCCCGCGGAUAUUUACGUAUCGACAAUUAAAAGUUUAGUCAAGGAUGAAACAACGUUGGCUUCUGCUAUCGACUUGCUUAAACAGUAUUCGAUAGUUAAUGAGGAAAACGCCAAGUUAUCGAUGCACAGAUUAGUACUUAAGGUGAUGAGGUUGCAUUUGGAAGAGCGAAAUAAAGAGCAAAAAGUUUUGUACAAAGCUUUGAAUUUAUUCUCCACGCGUACUCUGAAUUCAGAAAAUAUAGAACAUGCAAUAUCCGUCUGGAAUAACACAAGUAAAUACUGUGAUUUGUUAGAUCAUUUUUCGGCGCUUUCCAAUGAUAUUAGCACAUUUCUCAUGGAUAACUGGAGGUAUGAGGAAGCCGAAUUGUUUGGAGUCAAGGCUUCAAAGCGGCUAGAUGCUUUGACUUCCAAAACUCACGCGACAAAACUUAAUCUCAUAGCAACAAAAAAAAAUACAGCUUCAGCUUUGCACAGACGUGCUAAAUUAACUUUAGCCAUAAAAUAUUACGAAGAGGUUUACAGCUUGCAGAAACGUAUGCUCGGACCAAGAGACCUUGAUACUCUUGAAAGUAAAAAUCAAACAGCUAUUAUAUUCACUGAAAUGUGUCAAUAUGAUCGUGCUUUACAACUGUACGAAGACAUUAUCGCGAUUAAUAGCAAAUCUCUAGGGAAUGUUCAUCCGAUUACUCUAAGAACUCAACUAAGUAAAGCAAAACUUCUGAGCCAUCAAGGAAAAUAUAAAAAAGCUCUAGCGUUACUUAAAGAAAUUCUUGCUAUCAACGAAAUGGUUUUAGGAGAAAAACAUCCCGAGUGUUUAAACAUAAAGAGCAGGAUUUCUGACGUACUUUCACAUCUAAGCCAAUUGGACGAAGCUAGAGCAAUAGAAGAAGAAUUGGAACAAGCUAAAAAACAACCACGUUGUGCUAAGAAUAACCUGGACCAAAUUUUAGUAAGAGCUGAUAGGGGAACGACGCUUUUACAACAAGGGAGAUACACCGAAGCUUUAAGUCUGCUUGAAGAGGCAUACACAAGUCACACGAAAAUUUUUGGAGAAGAUCAUCCCGGAUCUUUAAAUAUUCGUCGCAAUCUCGGAGAAGCAUUGAGGUAUUUAGGGAAACUUGACGAAGCAUUAAAAAUUUUUCAGCAAGUUCAUAAAAAGCAGAUGAAAAUUUCGGAUUCUACAGAUAUUAUGCAGACAAAGGAAAGCAUUGGUCACGUACACCUCGAACGACAAAACUAUACUGAAGCUUUACAGUUUCAACAAGAAGCAUUGAAAAUGUGUGAAAAAAUAUAUGGCAAAGAACAUCCGAAAUAUUUUCUUAUUAGCAAUUACAUCGCAUUGGUCUUUCUGCUGCGAGGCGACUAUGAUACAGCGCUGAAAUAUGGCAAAGAAAUACUUGAAGGUCAAAAAAAGAUUUUUGGAGAUGAUCAUUUGGAUAUUUUGUCUACAAAGCAUACCAUAGCUACAGCCCUUCAUAACAAGGGAGAACUUGACGAAGCGAUCAAAAUUUACAAAGAAAUUGCCAAUUUAGAAAAGGAUUCGGCACAUCCUGACAGUUUAGCAAUGAAAGAGAAAAUAGUCGAUAUACUCUGCAAGCAAAAAAAAUUGAAGGAAGCCCUGCAGCUUUGUAGGGAAAUGCUUACUACUCAAGAGAAGGCAUUCGGAAAAAACCACAAAGAUACAGUAAUGUUACGACACAAAAUGUCAGACAUGUUGUAUCAAACAGGAAGAAGGUACGAAUGCCUGAAAAUAUUACGUGAGAUUUCUAAGAUCGCUGAUGAAGAAGUUUGGAAUGAGAUGAAUGUUGAUAACUUUAAUCAGAACUUGAGACAUAUGGAAAUCGAAACUGCGAUCGCAUUAACUCUUGUGAUAAAGAACAAUCCCGAUGGCUUACGGAAAGCUUUGCGCGAGGGGUUGGAUGUUAAUACUGCCUCAGAAUCUGAUGAUGAGACUUUGUUACAUUAUGCCAUCAGCUGUAAUCAUAGGACGAUUUUGGAGAUAUUAUUAGAAAAUAAAGCCGACGUUACUUUAGGUGACGUUCACGGAAACACGGCUCUCCACGAAGCUGCGAAGAUUGGUAUGCCGCAUGCUGUCAAACUUUUACUCAAAUACGGUUCCAUUUAUAACAAGCGAAAUAAAAGAGGCGCGACACCACUUGACUUGUGUAAAGAAGAAACGGUGAAAAAAUUCUUGACGACAGUCGAAGAAUUGUUUGAUGACGCGAGAAAAGGUAAUCCGGGAAUCCUUGAGAAACUCGAAAGCAUGAAAUCUGACGAACUGAAGGCUGUUCAGGAAGCUCGAAACAACGAUGAGAAAACGCUGCUGCAAGUAAUUAUUAUGAACAGGCACGUAGACCUUUCGCACAAGAUGCUAGAAUUGAUUCGUGGAAAAAAAUAGAUUUAAGAAGCGAUUGUGUCCCGUAAGCAAUUCAAGUUUAUGUUAUUGUAUUUAAUUGUGUAAGUUGUGAAUUAUAUGCCCGCAGAUAAUAUAUUUUUACAUUGUAACGAUAAGCAUUUGUAUUGAAAUUUUUUUAUAAAAUAUAAGAUCGAUUAUAAAAAAAAAA